UUGACAAAGGCGGUUGGUUGGUCUGUCUGUCUUCUAUUCUGUUUGGGUAGCUAACCUAAAAUAAUAUUUAGCUUGGGAAUAUUGGAGCCUAAUCACAAGAAGAAAUAUUAACAUUUAAAACCCAGAAAGUUUUCGGUACCCGUAGAGUUCGAGAUUGUAACCUAACCUAACUAAUGAAUGUAAUCACAGAUUUAGAAAUGUAGUUGUUAUACAUAGGUACCAUUAAUAAUCAAAUCGGAAUAGUAGGAAAGAUGAGGAAACAUGCUCGUAACCAUUUAUAUGACAAAUUACAUAGAGGUGGUGUAAUAGUAUGUAUUGGUCUAACAAUAUAUGGAUCAAUAUUACUUGGAGAUCAUUUUUACAAGUAUUUUAAGUACGUUCGACCACAAAUACAAGAAGCAAAGGCAGCAACUGAACAAGAAUUACUUUCAGAAGGAUCAUCAGAUAAACUAUACUUAAAGGAUUGAUGUUUGUAGUUCUUAUGUUGUCACAUAAUAUAAGCUUAAUAUUUAUUGUUUAGAUUAUUGGAUAUUGUUAGUUUUGUAGAUAUUUUGUUGUGAAGAAAUUACUUGGUUAAAAUUAUAAAUAAAGAUGUGAUAUAAUGUGAAACAAUUAAAUAUAUUAAUGAUUC